ACCUUCUUUCUCAUGUCAUUCACUAAAUCUCCAAACAGCUUCAGGUAUAUUUAGUGUGAAGACAACCUCAGAAAUCACAGGAAUCCACAUCCCACCUGCUAUACGAUCUGUUCCUCAUGUGAGGCUUUCACCCCAAAGCAGCAGCUGUAAAGUACAUCUCAGUGGAAACCAGCGUUCAGAAGGAAAAAUCUGGUUAAUUUAGUGGUUCAAAGACUGAGAUUAAGAAACAUGCCACCUCUGAGAUACUGACUUGUACCCGAUCAGGAGUCUCAGAGUUUUUUUCCUACUUCUUGUUGCCGGUUGCUACACACUUCCUCUUCCUGUGUCUUUCUUCAUGGUGUCUGUUGCUUGCUUCCUCUUUUCUUGAAAGUGGCCACUGUCUUCCCUUCCUGUAUCUCCCUCUCACUGUUUCUGUUUCCCCCUUUGUUUAUUUCUCUUAAUCUCUUGUUCUUUCCGUCCACCUUUGCUGUAGUGAUGUGUGUGUGCUACAUGUGCUUGUGUGUCUUCGUUGUAAUCUGCCGCGAGUGUCUGGUGGUUUCCGCUGGUCACUCUGGUUUGUUGUAAUCCACCCGAAACCAGCCUUCCCAUCGCUGAUGUCGGACGAGGACGUCAGAUGUUUGUCCAGGAACUAAAAAACCUGCCUUAUUUUUAGUUCCACCGCCACACAAUUUUGAGGUUCCAGCAUGAGUUUGAAAGGAUUGCAUGAAGCGAUCGGAGAGUUUUCUCAGCCCACAGUGGACCCUGUCAUUCUUGGAAUAUUAUGAACUUAAUAAUAAUAAUAAAAAAAGAAAAUUACCAAAAUUGGAGUUACAAGUGAUGUGCUCUUUCUGUGUUUGGCUGGAGAUGGCAGAUAUCGGACUGAUUUCUGGCCCAAAUCUGAUGUAGGGGUCUAAGAAAAUAUCAAUACGCUUGGGUGUGGUGAUAUAAUAUUCUGUGAUAUUUAUUAUCGGACUUUGUUGUACGUCACAUCUUUUUCUUAUGUCCCUGUUCUGUGUCUGUCUCUUCAUUACUGACUUCCAGUAAAGGUAAAAACAAAUCUGUAAGCAAGCAGUGUGAGUAAAUGUGGCUUUAGAUGUUGUCAUCACUGGACAAAAUUUCUGGGUAAUGAAAUCUUUGAAAUACUUUAUUAUCAAAUCAGUACAGGGAAGGUAUGAGGCCGCUCAUGGUUGAAUAUACGCUGAGUGAACCCUGUCACACUUUCUGUUCAUGGAGAUACUGAAAACACUACAUCUUUGCUUAUGAAUUCUUGUUUGACUUGUCAGGAUGGAGGCCAGAGUCCCUUAAUUAGUUCAUUAUUUGCUUUCCUGGUUGAAACUAAUUGACAUGAUGAUCAGCUGAUAUCUGGCCAACUCUUUCUUUUAACCCUGCUGUUGUAUUCGCUGGCUGUCAGCCCCGGUUUGGUCCAGUAUUUUUGGAUCAUUUGACCCCAUGUUGGUCCCUCGUUUACUGUUGUUUAAGCACUGGUCCGGCCCAGUGUGAACCGGUGUUGAAGCAUUGGUUUGGUCCAGUAUCUUAUCAUAUUUAGUCCUGGUUUUGCCCAGUAUUCACUGGUGUUUUAGCCAGGGAUGCACAGAUCCAACUUCUCUUCUAAUACUGAUGCCUCACGUCAGCUUAUCUGCUAAUGCAGAGUGUCAGUGCUCUUAAUUUUCCCCAAACCUGUCUGCCUCACUGUGUGAAACUCGGUGGCUUUUGGUACUGAAAGAGCUAUCAGCAUUGUGUUCUUAUACCAGCACUGAAGUUAAAAUUCUGGUGUAGUUGUCACCUUUCUCACAGUGUUGUGUCAUAAAUGGCAGAUUAACCAAUGAUGGAAGAUCCUUAAGAUGACCCGUGGAUGAUUGGAGAGGUCCGAGGCAGAAGGGGGGAUGACAUGCAUGUGUCCGGCCUGCUAACAUCGCUGACGACUUGCACACUAACCGACCGCCCGCCCUCACAACAUGACGGACGUACUGCACUGCGAACCACCCAACAGUUCAGAGGAAGUCACACCAUCUCUCUGUGUGCCUCUGCAGUAUACGGGUCCGAUCCCGGCCGAGCGAGGCGGCGAGCUGGCCAUGGGGGGAGGUCGCAGCGAGACGUCUGCGCUGAGCGGCACGGCGGGGGGCCGGGGCACGACCACUACCCAGAAUUCCCAAAGGCCCAACGCCUGCUGCUUCUGCUGGUGCUGCUGUUGCAGCUGCUCAUGUCUCACUGUCAGGAAUGAAGAGGAGAGACGGAGGCGGAGCAGGAGGAAGAGAAUAUCACAGGACACCAAGAUGGAAACCAUACCAAACUGUGAAGCUUGCACCAAACCCUCAGUGGAAGAGAUCCGGCUGUGGUCUCAGUCCUUCGAAAAGCUGAUGAGAAACCCGGCGGGUCGAAAUGUUUUUCGGGAGUUUCUGCGGACGGAGUACAGCGAGGAGAACAUGCUGUUCUGGCUGGCCUGCGAAGACCUCAAACAGGAAAUCAACAAGAGCGUCAUUGAGGAGAAAGCGCGCUCCAUCUACGAGGACUACAUUUCCAUAUUGUCGCCAAAAGAGGUGAGUCUGGAUGCCCGGGUUCGAGAGGUGAUCAACAGAAGGAUGCAGGAUCCGACGCCUCACGCGUUUGAAGACGCCCAGCUACAGAUCUACACGCUGAUGCACAGGGACUCCUACCCACGAUUCCUCUCCUCCAACAUCUACAAGUCGCUCAUUCAGGGCGGCUCACGUACCUCCUCCGAGUCCUAGUCCCACGCCGCACGCCGCCUCCUCCUCCUCUGAUCCUGCACUGACGGGAUGGAUGCCAGAGCAUUUCAGCACUCCUCCUCCAAGAACCAGAACUGACUGCUCUUCACUUCACUUCUCGCAAUCCCAAAUCUCUCAGAUUACUGCCAAGACUUUCUUCUCAUUUCCUGUUUUUUUCUUCUCAGCAUCCCAAACUUUUGAUACGGUUGCCAACACUUCCUGUCCUCUCCUGAUUCCUCCGUGAUUCUCUUCCGUUGAGUCCUUUCUUCUUUCUGCCUUAACACUCGUUUUUCUUUCUUGAGUCUCCUCUCAUGUCUUCUCUUCUCUCUUUUACUUGUAAAGUUCAGGAAAAUGUUUCGAAGGGUAAAGAAAAAAGCAUAACAUUAAAACGAAAGCCAAGAUAACGUAACUUAAGAAUAUUUUGGUUAUUCAUGUGAAAAAGGAAAGUUAAAUCUGUUAAAUUCAAUCGGAGAAGAGUUAAAUUUUGUGCCAUUUUUGAUUUCUGUUUUUGUUUACAUCACAUAACGUAAAAUUCAGGUCAUAGAAGUGGCAUUAACGAACAACUGAUGACGGAGUAUUUGCUGGGCCAAUAUUGAUAUUUUAAAAAUGAAUAUCAAAUGUUAUUACGGGAGCCCAUAUUGGUUUCUAACAUGAACCCGUUGUUUGAACUGGAAGGCCACUUACUGGCUUUGUGGGGGCCUUCUGCUCGCCCUCGCAGUCUUCCUCAGCGGAUGGAGUUUGCACCAUUGGGACGCUCUGACCGAACUCCAUCUGCUGACGUAGAGGGGAGGCGGCCGCGGUUCAGAGGUCCAGAGAAAAGCUCAGUAAGUGGACCCUGAGACCAGUUUCAGUUGUAGCUUCCUUCUCGUCUCUGUCCCGAUGAGUUUUCUUCUCUUCUUUUCAAUUUCUGAUUUCUUCUGUCCUUUCACCUCCGUCCUCCUUUCAUCCUUCGUUUUCCUCUUUUACAACCUCUUCUCCUCCGCCUUCUCUUCGGAUUUAAACCUCUGCGACUCCUGAAAGGAGAAGGAAGUGAACUGGAUGUUGAAGUAUUUCUUUGGGAGAUCAUCUGCUGUUAUGUGGAGAUGCACGUGGUUACUUGGUAGAUUAUAAUGUAUUUCAAGGGGACACACACACACACACACACACACACACACCCGUGCCAUGGAUUUGUACCGUUUCGUCCCUCCCCUCGGGGCCAUCCAAUCACAUUUAAGAGCCAACCAAUGGGCGACGUCCCUGACUUCCGCCCUCCUCAUCGCCUUGUUUUUCAUCCGACGGUUUCCAGCGUCGGGACUGACGGAGAGGCAAAAGGAAAAGAUGCCGUCGGAUUCCUUCUCUCGUUCUCUCUUUCGACUGGAAAACACAGGGUGCUCCCUCCAUCCCCGAUACAAACGGCAAAAAAGUUUGUUUCUUUAUUAUUAUUCUUUAUUUAUCCCCUCUUGUUUGCUGGAUCAAUCAUUUCACACCUGUGGUAAAGAAAUGGACAAACGGAUGGAUGUCACUUCCUUCCGACUACUGAUUUACAAACAGACGAGACGUCUAUUUUUUAAGAGAAAACUAUACAGAACAUUUUAAUUAUGUCUUUUUGUUUUGGUUUUGUUUAUUUGGUUUCUCCCACUCGCUCCCCUUCCUGGACUUUUUGAAAGAAGAGGAGGAUUCCUCUGAGAUCGUACUGAUCCCCACCCGAUGCAACACCACAGACACCACAGACACCACAGACAGGUGCAAUAAAACACUGGAGUUUGGAAAAACAACACACACACACACACACUCAUCGCAUUUGUGUCACGAUACUGAAGGGGAUCUUUGCUUCCUUCUCUCCAAACCAAAUAACAAAUAACGCAGAUUUAUUGCGUAAUAUUCGAAUGAUAUGAAACAUUUGUCAAAACUGAAUGCAGCACUGACUCUUACAAAUAUCUAAAACAUAGCAAAUGUUUAUUAAUACUUAGGGUAACACACCCUUUGCAUGUAAUGUUAUCCAAUGGUUCCCAAAGGCCGCAGUUCGAGUUUCCUUCCUUCUUUCUUCCUUUUAAAAUGAAUUUGAUUUUGAGCUGAAACAUUUGUUCUCUUAAUUAGUUUACCGACAGCCUCUCAAGUGGGAAAACCUUCAGCUUUUUUGGUGUUUUAUGUCAUUUUGAAUUGAAUAUCUUUAUGAUUUGGACUGAUACACAAAAUGAAAUGUGAAAAUCUUUGCUUUGGCUCUUUUAAAACACAAACUGAAGUUUAAAUUGGCUCACGCUGAAUCCUGCAGUCUGCAGGGAAGACUUCUCAGUGUGGAGGGAGAAAUAAAUUUAAAUCAAACUGAUCUGUUCUCGUUAAAAGUCGGUGUUCGGUGGAACAAUAUAAACGAUUUUCCACCAGCUGCAGAUAAAGUGAAACCUUUGCUCCUGUCACGUUGUGCUGCCACUAGCAAUUCUUUUCAUUACCGAUUAAUCAGACAGUUAUUGUCAUUAAUAUUUUUCGCCUAUAAAAAGUCCCAAACCCAAAGAUUCUUCAUUUACUAUCAUAAACGACAAAGCCAUUAAUGGAUUAUCUUGAAAACACUGCGAUCAUCCAGUUGGGAAUAAAACUGACGACGUGAAUUUGUCUGACUUGCCACUAAAGAUUUGAAUUAUUUGAAAAAUUCAACGUUCAAGAUGGCUUCAUGUCAGGAAGGAGCAGAGAAGAUGAAACGUUCUGUGUUCUCCUCAGAUCCCAGAGGUUUAGACCUGAAAGUUGUUCUAAUAAGUAUCAUAACACACACACACACACACACACACACACACCAGGGUGGCCUACCUGGGCACUGCUGCUGCUGACCUCUGCCUCUGUGACCUCUCACCUUUGACCUCACCACUGUCUGCCGCCCACUCAGACACCUGCUCCUGAUUGGCUGCAGGGGGCUGCAGGGCUCAACUGUGGUUGGUCAAUUCAGGAAGGGGGGUGGGAGGAAAUCCCAGGUGCAAAAAAAAAAAUAAUAAUAAAUAUAUAUAGAUAUAUUAAUGAAAAGCAACUAAUAAAAAUAUAUAUAUUAAAAAAAAAGAUAUGUGAGUUGGGACGCUUACACCCAGUGCUUCAUGGGAAAUGUAGUUUGAGGAAAACAAAUGUUUGUAGUUGAAACAAUUUUAAAAAAGAGAGAUGCUUAGGCCUCAACCGGGCUGGUCACUCAGAAUGCAUUAUCUUAGUAUUGUUAAUGUUAUUUAUUUUUUAUUUUGUUAAAACUGUGAUUUUAAUUGUACAUAUAUAAACGGAAACCCUUGAACAUCCAA